AUGGAUCUGGCACCUCUCAGGAUUCUCAUGGCUAUUCAUCUACUCUCCCGAAUCUUCUCACCAUAUUAUACCGGCCAGGUUAUUGCGACUGUGGUUGCGACAAAAUCAUACGCAUCACUGGCAUCUUCCAUCUAUAUCAUGAUCAUCAUCUCACUUGUAAGCCCGAAUCUUCUCACCAUAUUAUACCGGCCAGGUUAUUGCGACUGUGGUUGCGACAAAAUCAUACGCAUCACUGGCAUCUUCCAUCUAUAUCAUGAUCAUCAUCUCACUUGUAAGCCUGGAAAAGCGACAUGUGGACGGAAAAAAUUGGCAAAUGUUUACAGUGUCUACAUAGAAGCUUCAUUCGGUUCUGCGAUAGCUGCUGGGCUGCGUGGUGGAUCGUUCGAGUACGCCUACUCUAGGAUCAACCGAUCACUAAGGCACGAUCUCUUCACGGGUCUCGUCAGGCAGGAUGUCGCCUUCUUUGACGCCCACAAAACAGGAGAAAUUACAUCCCGGCUCGCCGCUGACUGUCAGACAAUGUCCGACACGGUCGCCAUGAAUGUGAACGUUUUUCUAAGAAAUGCCGUUAUGCUGAUGGGAUCAAUGAUUUUCAUGAUGACCCUAUCGUGGCGACUUUCACUAAUCACCUUCAUCCUUGUGCCAAUCAUAUUUGUUGCUUCCAAAAUAUUUGGGUCAUACUAUGAUGUUUUAUCGACAAUGCGCACAGUACGCUCAUUCGCAUGUGAAGAAGUCGAGGGCGAUCGGUUCUACGUGAAGUUGACGAAGACGCUCAACGUGACCAAAACAAAGGCGAUUGCUUACAUUGGAUUCCUGUGGGUAUCUGAGGUUAGCAUUUUCCACUUACUGUGCUGCAUCCAUUUAUAA